UGUGACGUACAGCAUCACCACACAGGUGAGGUCACCCAAACCGGUUUAGUGUAUACGUCUAUAGUAAGAUUCGUCAAGGCGCUGUCUAUAAUAUACGGAGAUAUGUGGGGCUACGACUGAAAGUUGUAACCCAACUCCACGCCCUCAGAUAACAUUUUUAUUGUGGUAGAAAGGUGAAGAUUGUUGUCAUUCAUUCAACGGCGACGUGUGAUAGUCACUGGAGUGUGUAGCCUAAACAAGCGGAUAGAUAGGCCGAUAGACAGAGGGUUGUCGAUACGGUAUCGAGUUUGAUAGCAUCGUGACUACAGAACCGUACUAAAUCUCAUUCAUCGAAGUGCUGCUAUAGUUUUUAUGCUUUAAAGAUAAUUUGUACCGUUAUUUUAUUUACAUAUUUUUACCGUUGUGUAUAUGUGACACUUGACUCAUAAUGACUGAAGUUCAGGUAGAUGUAAUUGGCCAUCAAGCCAGAUCAAAAGAGGGCAGAGGGAUAUCAGUGAGGAGUGGGGAUAGUGAUAAAUGGAUUAUUAUUCAAAAAACAACUUUUACAAAUUGGAUUAAUGUACAGCUUCAACCCAGGGGUCUCGAGGUCAAAGAUUUACAGGACGAUUUCUGUGAUGGGGUAAAAUUAUGUGCAUUAGUAGAAUGCCUGCAACAGAAAAAAAUUGGGCGAGUCGUUCAAAAGCCACAUAACCAGCAUCAAGCCUUACAAAAUGUGACAGUUGCUUUAACAGCUAUUGCUAAUGAUAAUGUUCGCUUAGUAAAUAUUGGUAGUGAAGAUAUCGUCAACGGCAACCAGAAGCUAAUCCUGGGAUUAAUAUGGCAUCUGAUUUUAAGAUAUCAAAUAGGAAAAACCAAAUUCCCUCCCAAAAAAUUGAUGUUAGCAUGGUUAAAGGCAGUGAUACCAGAUUGUAAUAUCAGUAACUUUACGUCAGAUUGGAAUGAUGGUGUUGCACUACAUGCUUUAUUGGACUACUGUAAACCAGGUUUAUGUCCUGAUUGGAAAAAACUUAGUAGAAACAACAGAUUAGAUAAUUGUUCGAGAGCUAUGACAUUAGCUAAAAAUGAAUUUAAUAUCCCAAUGAUUGUACGACCAGAAGAUUUCUCUAGUCCACAUUUAGAUGAUUUAUCGGGUAUGACCUAUCUAUCAUACUAUAUGACUGUUGAUUCUCCUGGUUAUCAUGCUACAUUAAGAAAUGUCCGAGCUCUCUUAAAACAUGGCACCAUAAACAACUUUACUACUGAUUGGCAUGAUGGUAUAUUAUUAUGUAACCUGACCAAAUCUCUCGGAGUAGAGCCUGGAGGCUGGCCAAAUAUGACAUCAAAUAAUGUGGAAAAUUUACAAAGAGGAAUGGAUAGUGCUAGAAAGCUUGGAAUUGAACCAAUUUUGUCUGCCAAAGAAAUGUCUGACCCUGAUGUGGAACAUCUUGGAAUAAUGGCAUAUGCUGCUUAUUUCACACGCUUGACUCCUCGUAGGGUGGUAGCAGAUAAAGCAACAAUAAAUGGGGACUUUCAGAACAUUCAUGUUGGACAAGAGAAAACAUUCCAAGUAUCUGUCGACUCAGAUGUUUUACCACAUGAUGUAAGAGCUGAAGUUAUUGGUCCUGAUUCUAUUCCACCAGUUAGAAUGAAUUGGUCUGGCAAAACGGCUACCUGUUCUUUUACUCCUUCAGAAACUGGCAUGCAUAAGUUGAAUGUGUAUGUUGAAGGAGAAGCAGUUUCAGGCUGUCCAGUUAGUUUCCAGGUUUCAUCAGAUCGUUCACAAGUAUACUGUCAUCCAGUAGAAAAAUGUCCCAUUGGUCAAACCACAGAAAUGAAAGUAGACACAUCAAGAGCUGGAAAAGGGAAUGUACGAAUUGAGGCUAGAUCACCCAGUGGCCAUUUACAAAGUUUAACGGUCACUGAUAGGGGUGGUGUUCAUUCUGGAAGUUUUAAUCCAACAGAAGUUGGUGAUUGGCAGAUGUCAGUAAGAUAUGAUGAUGUUGAUGUAGGUGGUAGCCCCUAUACAGUUAAAGUAUAUGAUCCUAAUGCUGUUAAAGUUUAUGGAUUAGAAGGUGGUGCUGUUGGAAAAGCUCUGGCUUUCAAUGCUGAUACAUCACAGGCUGGUGAUGGGGAUUUAGAUGUGACUGUCAAUUAUCAGGGACAGAAUAUUCCAUGUUAUACAACACUAGAAUCUAAUGGUCUACACAAGAUCAACUUCACCCCACAAGGUGCUGGAGCUUACAAAGUUAAUGUUAGAUUUGCUGGUGAAGAGGUCAGAGGUUCACCCUACACUUUAGAAAUUGUUGAUUCCAGUAUGGUAACAGUUACUGGUGAUGGAUUGAGUCUGGUACCAGUAAACCGACCGGCUGUAUUCAACGUUCAAACCCGAGGAGCUGGUGGUGGAAACAUUAAUGUAGAUGUUAUAUCACCAAGUGGUCGGAAAUUAGCCACCAAAAUAAUACGAGAAACAGAUGAAUAUUAUCGAAUAGAAUAUUUUCCUGAAGAAGCAGGAGAUCACAAGAUAACAGUAUUUUUUUAUGAUCAGCCAUUACGGGGAUCACCUUUUACAUGUAAAGUUUACGAUUUAGGUAAACUUGUUGUUAGAAAUAUGCCGAAACGAGUAUUACCAGGAAAUCUUGUAUUAUUUGAUAUUGAUGCAUCCCUGGCUGGUUCAGGAAACAUUGAAAUACGGGUAAAUGAAGGACGAGUAGCGUGUAGUGUAGAAAAUAAGGGAGGUCAUCAAUUUGUGGCAUCGUUUAUACCAGAAGCACCUAUAGAGCAUUAUGUAGAGAUGACUUUUAAUAAUACCCCCGUGGAAGGAAGUCCAUGGAGAUUAAGCGUGUUGGAUCCACAGCAAAUUUCUGCCGUAGGGCAUGGCUUAGAACUGAUUCCUGUAAAUCACAAAGCUAAAUUUAAAAUAUACAGUGAAGGAACUCCUUUAGAUGAUGUCAUUGUUACUGUUAAAGCUCCUUCCGGUCAAACCUUACCAUCGAAUAUUUCACGAUCUUCUGAGGAAAUUAAAGUAGAUUAUACACCAAGUGAAGUUGGUGAUUAUGAGAUUAGAGUUACCUGUGGUGAAAAUGAAGUAAAUGGAAGUCCAUUUUUAGCCAAGGCCUAUGAUACAUCAGCUAUAACUGUUACACCUCCUUCAGAUGGCUAUGUUUAUAAACCCAUUGACUUCUACCUUGAUGUACAGUAUGCAGGAGAAGGACAGUUACAGAUAAUGGUUAAUAAUGGUAAUUUACCCAAUGAAGUUGAAGUACAAGAAGAUGGUGUAUAUAAAAUAACAUUUGUACCUGUUGAACCUGGAAAACAAAACAUUGAUAUCAGUUUCAACGAAGAACAGUUACCUUGUUCACCUCUCACAUGUAAUGCAACUGAUCUGAGUUCGGCUAUUGUAUCUAUGAAACCAACAGAAAUAGUCAACCAUCAAGCAGUGUUUGAUAUUAAAACAGAAACAGAUAAUGCAAAUCAAGUUUACUGUACAGUGGAAGUAUAUUCUCCUACAGGACAGAAAGUACCUGUACAUAUCACAGGCAAUGCAUCUACUGGAUUUAGAGUUGAAUAUGUGCCAAGAGAUAUUGGAACUUAUGUUGUAACAGCUAGUUUAGCAGGCAUACAAAUAAAAGGAAGUCCAUUCCGUGUGAAAUCAUUUGAUCCAACACAAGUUAAAGUAUCUCAGAUGCCACAAGGGAUAGUUGGAACACCUUGUAAAUUUAUAGUUGAUGCCUCAUCUGCUGGAGAAGGAACACUAGAGUUAACAGUUAGUGCUAAUGGACGUAACAUACCAAAUCAAGCUAGAGCUCUAGGUGGUGGAAGAUAUGAAGUAUCUUUUGUUGGUCGUCAAGCUACUAAACAUCAAGCUAACAUAACUUACAAUGGCCUCCCAGUCCCAGGUUGUCCAUUUGAAAUUGACUUUCUUGAUGCCAGUAGAAUUACAGCUCAUGGAGAUGGCCUUAGUUUGGUAUCCUGUCACCGACCAGCUCAUUUCUCUGUCCAUGCACCUGGUGCUGCUAUGCCAGACCUGUCUGUCCGUGUACAAGCACCUGAUGGAAGAGAAAGUUUAGCCAAAAUAAGACAGAAGAAUAAUGAUACUUUUGAUGUUGAAUGGACACCUCAUGAGAUAGGUGAUCAUCGUGUUAUUGUAGAAUAUGCUGAUAUGCCAAUCAGUGGUAGUCCAUUUACAGUUAAAGCUUUUGAUGCUUCCAAUGUUAAAGUUUCUCAUAUUGGACAAGCAUUUCUGGGAAGACCAGUUCCUUUUACAUUGGAUGCCAGUGAAGCGGGAGAUGGUAAUCUAGAAAUACAAGUCACAGCUGAUCAUGAUAGCGUUCCUAACUAUGUUCGUCAAGAUGGUGACAUGUCCUUCAAAGUUUCCUUCACUCCACAAAAAGCCAAGACUCAUCUGGUUAAUAUCAGAUUUAAUGGAGAACCUGUGCCAGGUAGUCCAUUUCACUGUCGUAUAUUAGACAGUGACCGAGUACAAGUCAGCAGUGAUUCUGUUAAACAGAUUCCAGCAGGUGUUCUAGCUAGUUUUAAAGUUGACCCUCAAGAUGCUGGAGAGGGUGAACUAGAAGUCAAGGUUAUCUCCGCAACUGGUCAUGAAAUACCUUCAAGAAUCACUGGCUCAUCACUGGCUACAUAUAAAGUGGAUUAUACACCCCAGGAGAUUGGACGAUAUAAAGUUUAUGUUGAAUAUGGUGGAGUAGAAGUUAACGGAAGUCCUUUUACAUCAAAUGUUUAUGAUCCUUCUCUAGUCAAAGUGGAAUAUCCCAACAGAGCUUAUUUAGGCAGACCUAUUUACUUUCAUGUGGAUGCAUCCGCUGCAGGACAAGGAGAACUGGCAGCAGAAAUCAAAAGUCAUGGUACAACAGUUGCAAGUCAGUUCCGUGAAGUAGGUGUAGGAAGAUAUGAACUAAGUUUUACACCACAGGAUAUGUCAACUCAUGUAGUUACUGCUUUAUUUAAUAACUACCCUAUACCUGGUUCACCAUUCCAUGUUGAUGUAAUUGAUACUAGUAGUGUUACUAUGAGUGGACAAGGUUUAAGAACAGCACAGGUUUAUCGUGAAACAUGGUUUAAUCUAGAUCUACAUGGUAUGGAUGAUACAGAUCUAGAUGUACAGAUUGUUAGCCCAUCAGGACAUGAACUACCUUGUAAAUUAAGUAGAAAAGGUCAUAUCUGUCGAGCUGAAUUUACACCAAUGGAAGUUGGUUCACAUUUUAUUGAUGUUUUCUUUGCUGGUAAUAAACUUCAUGGCAGUCCUUUCAUCAGUCAUGCAUUUGAUCCAAGUCUUGUCCGCAUCACUGAUGUGGAUCGAACUGGAAAGAGAGAAAGAGAAAUCGGUUUCACAGUUGAUGCUACAAUGGCUGGUGUUGGUGAAUUAGAUGCUGUUGUUUCUCAUAAUGGUCAUAGAGUACAGACAUACAGAGAAUCAAUAGAUGAAGGACGAUAUAGAUAUACAUUUAUACCAGGAGAAUCAGGACAUUAUGAAGUUAACGCUAAAUUCAAUGAUGAAGCUAUUCCAGGAUGUCCAGUGGUUAUCAAUGUGGAAGAAGAAAUACCGACUUUCAUCACUAUCAGUUUUCGAAGUGUUGAAGCUCUCAAUGUACACGAGAAGAAUCAUCAUUUCAUGUUGCAUAUGAAUGGCAAACAAAUUGAUAUGAGCUUACUACAAAUACAGAUUCAAGCACCCAAUGGAGAUCAAGUUCCUGCCCGCCUGGCACCACAACCAAAUGGAGAUUUUAAAGUUGAAUGGACACCAAAUGUUGCAGGACGACAUACAGUGGAUGUUUCUUUUGCUGGUCAACAGAUUCAAGGAAGUCCAUUUUAUAUUGAAGUAUUUGACAUUACCAAGGUCAGAGUUGAUAACUUCUUCAAUGGCAAUGUCAAUGAACCAGCAGGUUUUACAGUGGAUGGAUCAAGAGCUGGAAAAGCAGAGCAGCAUAUUCAGAUAACCAGUCCAUCAGGUAGAUCAGUUCCAUUUGAUAUACAGGAAAAUAGAACAGGAGAGCACAAAGUUACAUAUAGACCUAACGAAGGCGGUAAACAUAGAUUACAAAUAGCUUAUGGUGGAUUAGAUGUUAAUGGAAGUCCAUUCACCCAGGAAAUUGGAGAAGGAGCAUUACCAUCUGCUCAUGGCGAUGGUUUAUAUAGGGGAGAAGAAGAUAAAACUGCUGGUUUUACAAUUGAUUCUCGAGGAUUUAAUGGUGAACCAACAGUACAAGUUGACGGACCUAAUUCUAUGGCUAAAGUUAGUCUAGAAAGACAACAUGAUGGUAAUUAUUAUGUGUCGUAUAUGCCAGUAGAAGUAGGAACUUAUGAUGUUUUUAUCAAGUGGAACGGAAGAGAUAUUCAUGGAAGUCCUUUCCAUCCUAAAAUUGUUGAUGCUCGUAAAGUACGAGUGGUUGGUGGAUGGCAACAUUACAUGGAUCCACAGGAACGGGUGCAGCUGACCGUAGGAGAAGAAAAGAGGAUUCCUUUUGAUACAUCUGAUGCUGGCCCAGGACAACUUACUACUGAAGUUAAAGGUCCAAGUGGACAUGUACAUGCUACCAUUGAUGAUGCUGCUAUAGGAAGAAGUGUUGUCUGUUUUACCCCAAGAGAAGAAGGCAAUCAUUAUAUUCAUCUCUAUUGGUCUGAACAUCCAUUAUCAAAUUCUCCAUUCCUUGGUUAUGCAACAGGUGGUUCACUUGAUCCUUCAAAGGUCAUUUUGACAGGUCGAGGUUUAAAAGAAGCUAUAAUUCGAGAAGAAGCAGAAUUUCUGAUAGAUGGAUCUCAAGCAGGAUUAGGAAAUCCUGAAGUGCAAUUAAUAGGUGUAAGAGCAGAAGUGAAUGUUAUUGUCACACCACUAGGUGGUGGAAAGUUCCGAUGUACUUACAUUCCCGUAAUACCAGGUGGAUACCUUCUUCACAUUAGUUGGAAUAAUAGACAACUUAAAGGUUCUCCAUACAAAGUUAACAUCACUGGUGCCUUCUAUCCAAAUCGAGUGGAGGUGUCUGGUGAAGGCUUAAAAGGAGGGAUGAUGGGAGAUGAUAUUGAUGUUAGAAUUGACACCAGGAAAGCAGGUCCAGGGGAACUAACUGCAUAUUGUAUGGGUCCAACUAAUGUGGCCUUCUGUGAACUACAAGAUAAUCAUGAUGGUCGUUAUAAUCUACGAAUCAAACCACAGGAAACUGGUCGUCAUGUUUUACAGAUUAAAUAUGGUGGAGAACAUGUGCUAGGAAGUCCAUAUGCGUUCCGAAUCUCUGCACAACCAGAUGCUAGCAAGGUACGAGUGAGUGGUCCUGGAGUGGAGCAUGGUAUCUUAGCAACCUUCCAGAGUCGUUUUAUUGUUGAAACACGAGGAGCCGGUCAGGGUCAACUUACUGUUAGAAUAAGAGGUCCAAAAGGAGCUUUCCAAGUAGAAAUGUACCGGGAUAGUCAGAAAGACCGAACCAUUUUGUGUAGAUAUGAUCCGGCUGAGACUGGGCUGUACGUUAUUUCCAUUAGAUGGUCCGGAGUUGAUGUUCCUGGAUCUCCUUUCCAUGUUCAUAUCGUGGACACUCAACAUGAUUUGGAACAUGUUCUUCAAGAAGCGGCCUACUCAACCAACUCAAUGUUGAGUCGACACAGUGGUAAUUAUUCACAGUGGCGAGAUGACAUUUAAUUUUUGUACUUAAUAAUGCAAAACAGUUUAAAGAUCUAUUCAAAAGCAAUGAUUAUUAUUAUUUUUUAUGGAUAUUGUUAAUGAUAUUUAUUUUCUUCUGGCUAAGGGGUAUUUUGAAUAUUUACCAGUCUGUGUAUAACUGCUGAAACUAUUAUUUUUAGUUUAUCAUUUACUCUAUAUCUUGUUCUUUUGAUCAUAUUAUAGUUUCCAAAACAGAGCUGUCUGAACAAGGCGAUUUAGAAAUCUUUAUUUUAUUGUUAUCUUAUGAGAAUAAAUGUAUUGAUUAUCAUGAAAAUUAAUGCUAUGCAAGCCCUAAUAUUGCCUAAUACCAUAUAAAUGAUUUCAUUCAAUUUAUGAUUUUUAUAUAUUUACAUAUUAUCAAGUUAUAUUUAAUUAAAGUGUUAUUUUAAAAUCUUAUAAUUGGAUGUCCUGUUGAAUUAAAUAGAUUAUACAUGUACAUGUAUUGAAUAUAAUGCACAGAUGAACAUAAACAGUUUGUACUUCUUUGAAUAUGAUGUACAGAUGAACAUAAAUUGUACAUGUAUUAAAUAUAAUGUUCGUAUGAUUAUAAACAAAUUGUACAUUUAUUGAAUAUAAUGUACAUGUAUUGAGUAUAAUGUACAGAUGAACAUAAACAAAUUGUACAUGUAUUGAAUGUAAUGUACAAAUGAACAUAAACAUGUUUUGAAUAUGUUGCACUGCUGAAAUGAAUAGUUUACCAGGUAUACUGCUGGAAUGAAUAUGUUGUACAUGAAUUGAAUAUCAUGGAUAAGCUAUAGAUAUAUUCAUUGUUAUUGUAAUAGAUUGUUUUGAAUAUUAUAGGUCUACUAAGAAAAAUACAGAUUUAUUUAUAUUGUUAAUUAAAAUAUUCAUAGUUGAUGAAGGGAAUAAACAACGACUAUAAUCAAUAGUGAAUCCAUUGAAUAUACAUUAGAUAUAGCUAUUUAUAUUAUUGAUAUAGUUCUAGAUGUAGACUUUUUUAAGGUUCAUAAUCUGACAUAAUAUUCACACUUAACGUUCAUUACUUGUACAUACACUUAUGUGAUAGACUUACUUAUAUUUUAUAUAUUUUUAUAGAUAUUAUUCAAUCUUUAUUUUUACCUUAUAUAAUUAAAUUGUAAAUUUAUAGAUAUAUAUUUUCUGGGUUAUGGCUAAAUAGUUGUGUUUAACGAUUUGCAAUGCUAACUUACAUUUGUUUUCCAAUCAUCACCAGAUACAGAAUUGAAAAUAUAAAUCCUGCUAAAUCCAUACAUUAUUUAUAGACAUCCCCCCCCUCCCCUCCAAGAAGAAUUUUUUUAGAUAGUUUAUUUUGGAACACAUUGAUGGCAUUUGAAUAGGUUAUCAUUAGUUGUCUUUAUACAAAGGUAUCUGCGUUACAGUUAAAUUGUUGAAGAAUUUUAUUUUAUGUAAUAAGAUUGGAGAAUUGUAUCUCAUAAUUUUUGAAUAAUAUUUAGUGCUAACAGUAAUCUCAGAUUCUGACAUUGAAAUUUUUAUCAAAUCUUUAUCUUAGCAAGAUACCUGUUGUAAGUUAUGAUUAUCUCUUUAAAUGUUUGCUUCUUCUCUCAUUUCAAACACAUACAUGUAGAUAUUUUUUAAAAGUCUAGAACUUACAGAAUGUUGUUUGUCUUUUCAUUAGUUCAUGACUAGAGAUCCCUAAAAUAUAUAUAUAGGUUUAUUUAAUUUAGGUUUUCUUCACAUAUAGUGAAUAUGUUACUUUGGGUAGAUAAAUUAAUGUCAAUAAUAGUUUAUAUAGACAAAGAAAUAUCUAGUCAUAUUCCUUUUAUUUACGAAACCCAAUGAUCUGAUGAUACCGUUCAAAUUCUUUUUCCUGUUUACUUUUAAAAUAGAUAACUGUGAAUCACCCAUGUGGUCAUGUCAAACCAUACAAUUAAUUAAUAUUAAAUUUUAGUUAUGGAAUAGCUAUCUGUAUUAAUACAUUUACAUUCAUGACAUAAUAAAUUUAUAUAUUCUUGUA